AUGGACAUUCUAAAACGGACCUUUACCGCAUACCGCAUCAGCAUCGUGGUCGAGCCACCCGCGCCCGAGGUCCUAUCGCAACGGCUGCGCGACCACCUGGCCGGCGACACGGUGCGCGGCAUUGAGAUCCGCGGCGCCGAGACCAUUGGCGGCAGUGACGCCGGCGCGCUCAUGGCCGUGGACUGGCGGGUCCUCUCGGAUCCAGACCGCCGCCAAGAGGACCACAGCGAUGCCGACGACAACAAUCAUCAAUACUAUUACGACGAUCAAGGGCCCACGCACCGCGUCGAGCUCGUCUAUGAGCGCAACACCUUUCUGGCCUACCUCUUCAUUGCGCGAGGCCUCCUCCUCAUUAAUGCGCCUGUGCCGGUGCGCGGCGCCCUUGUGCGCUUCCUGAUGCAGACCCUGGACACGCGCGCAACGGUACUGGUCCCGGACUCGGGCGCGCUCAUGCGCAUCUUAGAGACGUGGCUCGGCGACGAAGAUGGCAGUGGAGCAGCAGGUUUUACGCAAAAAGAUGUUGCCAUCACCCUGCGCUUUGCCGACAAGGCCAGUGCAGGAGGGCUCCGGACCCUCGACAUUGCCAUUCCCGCCCAAGAUCUGGCAGCCUUUACUGGGACAUCCGAUGGAGACAAGUUCUCGGAUAGGCUGGCCUCAUAUGUGGACAAGCACCUUGCGCUGAAUAUGAGACACUCUGAUGUACGGAUCGCAAAGAUAUCAUGCGGUGGGUUUGUGCUGGGCGAGGGAAAAGUUAAACUGAUGGACGAGGCAAAGGUAGCUGCGGUGUUGGACGGCAUCAAAUAG